ACAUCCUAUGACCUACAGGCGUACACACACACACACACACAUCCUAUGACCUACAGGCGUACACACACACACACACACACACACACACACACUUACACGCAAACAGACACAUACACACACACACACAAACACACAGUACAAAGACAGACAUACACGUGUAGACACAGACAGACACACAACAACAACAACACAUUCGGACGAGGCACCAGGAAAGGCGCGCUGCUGAAAAUGACAAACAUAUCAUCUUUUCAAUUAUUUCCCUAGCCCGAUCUUAAACUCCAACUAUUACCUUCUCAGCCCCUACCCAGCACCCUAACCGACCAUUCACACCCCUGAUAAAUAAAGGGAAAAUGAAUAAUAUUAGAGAAAUAAGGAGUUGAAAUAGCGUGAGAGACCCGAGGAAGAAGGACGCGAGGCUGGACGGCCCUCUCAAAGUGACAACAAGAAUGAGAGAGUGAUUAGACAGUCGGCCGAUUUGAGGCGUUUUUAUACCUCCCCACACGUCAGUGCUUGGUGAUUAUACUUCCUAACGAUCAUGGAGGACACUAGGCUCCCGCUAGUGCAGGAAAAUGAGCUGUGGUGAAGGUUUAAAAGGCGAAAUAAGACGAGAAGUGCGCGAGGCGAAUGACCGGACUGCGGGAAGAGGCGGGGACCUGCUUGCAAUAACUGCCUCAUUUUGGGCCGUCUAGCUGCUCCUUCCCUCACCAUGUAGACUCGACAGUGACUCAGAAGAUGGUCAAGAGGAAGCGGACUCUCAGCAUCAAGGAAAAUAGCGAGAGUGUCAGCCAGGGAAGUGAUGGAGAUCUUGGGGGUGAGGAGGCCAAGCGUUUGAAGGCCCAUGGGAGUCCGGUUAAGGUGGAGGGGUCGGCAGGGGUUCCCGAGGCCGCCCCCACCCACCAGAACCAUGCAGCGCCCCACGAGCCUCUCAGCCCCUCAGCACACAGAACUUCCAAUUCUUCAGUUCCUUCAGCAAACUCGCAACCAGUGUCCAAUGUGCCUUCCUCUGCCGCACUACCACCGCCGCCUCCUACUGCCCUGCGUCCUACGCUGCAGCUCCGCACCAGUGCCCGCGUCCUCAACAAGCAGAGGCGGGAGGAGACCAAAGCUGAUCAACCACCACCGCCACAGUCCCUCAAUGCCAAGAAGCCUGACCCGGGAGGUCUGGAUGGAGAGUUUGGAGAGGAGGAGGAUGGGAAGAAGCGUCGGCGAGCCUGGGAACUCUGGUCUCUGGAGGACAAAAACAUCUUCUUUGAGUCGAUCAAUGAGUGUGGCAAGGACUUUGAGGCCAUCCAGAACUACCUGAUGGUCAAGCUGCGGAAGAAGGGGGCGCCGCGCAGUCAGGUGAAGAACAAAGACCAGGUGCGCCACUUUUAUUACCGCACCUGGCACAAGAUUUCCAAGCACAUCACUUUUAAUGAAGGGGUCAAGAAAGCCACACAGGAGUUGUAUGGCCUCAUAAACUUUGGUGAGCUUAGGAAGAAGGUUGGCGGAACCCUGGAUGAGCGGAAGGCACAGAAACUGCAGGAGUUGAUCAGGAAGGGAUCAACCAGCGUGCGAGUAAAGGGGAAGAGUGUGCGUGUCCGGACCCCAAUUUGUCGUGCCCUGAAGAAGCUCAACCAGAUAGAAGAACAUCGGGAACAGGCUGAGCUGCGUCUCCCGGCCAGUGUGACAGUGGAGGUGGUGCCGACCAGCAUGCAGGCGUGGUGCCGUGUGCAGGCUCUGGCUCACAACCCUCGUAUUCGUUUCACCACCUCCCUGCGCCGGCCCCUCGCCUUGCUCAUCUCACACCUCCAGGAGAAGUGGCGAAACUCUAAUCUCAAGCUGCGUGACACUCUCUGCUCCCACGUCACUUUCCCGCUGAAGGUGGAGGCUGUGCCUGAGCCAAUGCUUAGACUCAUGCCGGUGAAGGGAGCCACCAUCAAGCCCAUCUCUGUCCAGCCAGAGGUGAUGCUGAAGAGCUCCUCCUUGUCACUGUCAAGCCAUGAGGCAAGACUGAGGCGGCGAGGUGAGAAAGUGGGCAGAGGAGGCCGCCGGAAGGACACCAAACACCAGCAGGAGAAGGAAGUGGAGGACAAGGCAUUGCGGGACACUGAGGGGCAGGGUGGUGAGGCCAAAGGUGCUAGUGGGGCUGGGGAGAGGAAGGGACGUGGUGAGGUGGAGGCUGUGGAACUGGAGGACCUGGAUGAGGUAUCUCAAGAGGAGCAUGAUGACUGCAGUGAUAGUGAGGUCUGCUGCCCUAACUCCCCUGACGAUGAGGUGGUGAGGCUUUCCCGUGACAAAGCCACCACCACCACCACCAGCAUUGCCCUCACUCAGAUCAAAGAGGAGCCACCAGACACUGACUUCCCCAGCUCCCCAAAAGAAGAAGAAUUUGACCCAAACCUGCAGGUGAAGGAGGAGGGCGAGAGUGAGUCUGGAGACACCCUGAGGCAGCUGUUGGCCCUGGAGACUGUGGCAGGGGCUGGGGUGGUGGACGGAGAUGCGGAUGUGGUCUGUACGGGCGAGAGUACCCGACUCACUGCCCAUGUGGGUGUUGAUCCACAUCCAAGACCUACUCAUCCAACUCAGCAGCAGCAGCAGAAUGUGGUGCUGGAGGAGGAGAGAGUGGCUGCCACCACUCCAGAGCCAGAGGAGGAGGAGAAGCCCCCCACAGAGACAGUGGAGGCAGUGGAGGUAGACAUGAAGGCGUGGAUGCAGAAGAUAAGGAGUGGAUGGACCCUUGCCUCUGCCACCGGUAUCUCCAUUGGGGAGCUUUAUCUCAUUCUGGGUCAAAACAAAAAGAUCUGCCUGGAGUAUGAAUUUGAGGAGCCGGUGAAGAUCAAGGAGAGCACGGAAGACUCAAGCAGUGGGAAGAGUGAGGGAACGAUGGUGGAGGGUCAGUGCACCACCACAGCCACCACCACCACCACCACCACAGCCACCAGCACUGCCACCACUACAACCACAGCCACCAGCACAUCCACCACCACCACCACCACAACCACCAGUAUUCCUGUCACUCAUGGGGAGGGAGCAGGGACAGACUCAGGUGGUCCUACUUCAGCUGAGAAGGAGCAGCAGGAGCAGCAGCAGCAGCAGCAGGGUAAGGACUCAGCAGGGGAUGCCGCCAAAGAUGAGAAGCGAUCGGCAGCGGAGAACCUGUCUGGCAUGCUGGCACAGCUGCUGGCCAUGACCCGCAUGAUCCUCAACAAGCCGACCAUUGAUGCCACCUGUCCCUGUGGGCAUACCUGCAGUCGUGGCCCAGGUGUGCUGCGCAGCCCUGCUGGGGGGCGCUCCCACAGCCUGGUUGGCCGGAGUCCUGGCAGCACCAGAAGUCCCCGCACCAGCAAGCUGGCGCUGGCCUGCAGUCCCAGCAUGGCAGGCAUUAAGAGCCCUGGCGGCCAGGCCGGCCUACCCUCUCAGCCGCUGCGGGAGCGGAACAAGCCCGCUUCGGCCAAGAAGCUCAUGUCGGAGACCGUGGAGCCACAUGCCAGCAUGACAACACAGUUCUGGACAUCAGCUGAGGUAAUCCACCCGCAGAGCUACGUGAGGGACGGGGAGGCCAGCACCACCACCAUGGCAGGCGUGGAGGUCACUAUCCAACCCUCCACCACCACCACACUCACCACCACCACACCCUCCACCUCGGACCCCCUGCAGGUGCCCAUGCCAGGGAUCAGCACGGGGCCCUCUGCUGCUGUGCCGGGCUUGAGAGUGGUGCUGGGGACUGGCCGGGAUGCGGGGGAGUUCAAGGUGCCGCUGGGACCUGCACCUAGGCAGCUACAUGUCCAGCAGGCAAACUUUAAUGCUCAGCUAAGUAAACUUCUACCAAGGUACAACAGUCGGCCAGGAAGGAGGCUGGUGAGGAAGAAUGUGGUAGUGCAACGAAAGCUGCCUUUGUUACCCAAGACCGUGGUACAGCUGCCCUCCCAUGACAAGGAUGGUGGCAGCACAAGUGGCUACAUCCCCAUCACCAUUGCUCCAGCCCCCAAGGGCAUCACGUCACCAGCAACCAGUGCCUUCACCACCAGGUCGGCUGUGGUGACCCCCUCCUCCUCCCAGUCCCCUGCCCCAGUGCUCUCUCCCUCCCUCAUGCCUGUGAGGAAUAAAAUCAUCCAGCCACUACACUCCCCCAGCAGCCAGGCCACCACCAACACAGUUCUGCAGUCCAUGCAGGUUCCCAGCACGCUAGGAGUUGCCAAUGCCCCCGUGCAGUUGUCAGUCCUCUCCCCCCAGAUGCAGCAGCCCUGCCUGACCACCCCUACUGCCCCCCAGAUGCCCUCCCUGUCCCCAGCCACUAAUGCCAUCUCAGUUAACAUAUCAGGCCAGCCACUGUUGACAGUUGAGAUGCCAGCCAUUGUCAGCACUCAGCCCAGCAUGCCUGCCCUCACCACACUCACCCCAUCACCACCGCCACCACCACCAGCACCACCACCUGCAGAGAACAGCACAAGUGUCACCUCUGCAAUGAGUGUGCCUCACUCGGCCACCUCUGUGGAGAACAGGCAGACCAAUGGGCUGCUGAGUUCGGUGGUUUCCCAGGUGCUGAGUGAACUGCCUGACCUCAGCACGCCCCCUGGAACCCCUCAGCCCAGCCUCAGCAAGAGUGGUGACCAAGGCAGCUUGCAGGUGACAAAUUUAGGUGACACACCUUCCCUGUGCCAGCCAGCCUCCCCUCCACUCCUGUUUGGCUCAGCCCUGCCGGUGGAGUCCCUACCAGACUUGCACACGCCAAUCCUGGAGGCGGGCACCACCAGCAUGACCACAGUCACCACCCUGCCACAGUCAGCCUCCACCACCCUCUCCCCAACGCCCUCCCUCCUCACCAUUGCCAGCACACACCACCUGGAGCUGUCACCUCCCCCUACACAGACCAAUGCCUUCUCCUCCCUCCUCAACACCCCCACCCCAAGCACUGACAGGAACGUCACCUCCACCCCAGUGCGGGCAAUCUUCCCCUCCGCCCCAUCCAUAUCCACCCUGCUGUCAUCCCCAUCAGAUCUCAGCAAGGGCUUCCCCAACCUCCUGGAUGGGUCUGAGGAAACACAGGAUGGCUCAGGUGCGCAGGAGUCUGGUGGUAUUGUGCCUGAGCUACACAUACCAGAAGGCAGCGUUUCUCUCCCUCUGCUGGACAUAUCACUCGGGGGGACGGUCACCAUCGCAGACCAGGCUCCAGGUGGUCUGCUGGGCACUGGUUCUCAGCCCACACUAAGGGAACAGUUAGCCGCGGCACACUCCCCACCACCCACGUCUUCAGUCUUGCCUCACAGCACGCCAGCACUGCCAGCCUCAUCCAUGAUCAGCCUGAACGUUGAGAGUCAGGACAGCAGCAGUACGGACAAGCUUAUGGAUAUCACGCUUGGCAAUUCCAACUCCAACUCCAGCUUCUCCAGUCUCUUGGCUGCUGCUACCCAACCACUGCUGGAUGCCACCACAGGGGACCCCCAGGGGAGAGCGCAGGGCCUAGUGGAGGUGGGUGGCGGGGAAGUGGGCAGUGUUGCAGGGGGUGGGGGGAGCUGUCUGGUUGGUGAUGCAUCGGGCUUCCCAACGCUCUCCAACACACCUCCUUCACCCCCCUCGUCACCCUCACGUCUCCUGCAGCAGUCGGACACCCAGUGGCUUAACAACGAGGUUAAUGAUUUCUCCCUCUCCAGUUUCCUUGGGCAUUUUGAAUCCCCCAUAAAGAACAACUCCAAUUCAAGAGGUGCUUCCCAGACUGGCCCACAGACCCCCUUCAUGCCCAGUCUCAGCUCAGUGUACAAUGAAAACAGUGUGGAUUUUACUGCCACGUUUGCCGAGAUGAAGGCACAGGUCUCCGGCAGCUUCAAACAGUAGCUGGAUGGGUGUUUUGUGGGAGAUGAAAGUGAUUCAAUAAGAUUAUAGUGCAGGUGAGUGUAUUAAAGACAGGUGAGAGGAUGGAGGUGCUGGUAGUGUCAGGGUGUUGGAGAAAUGAGGCUGUGUUGCGAGGUGAUGUAGUAUUGGAGCAGGGGCCUUUAGAGGAAUUAAAGUGUCUAGUGGAGAGUUGAGAGGCUUGAUUCUCCCAAUGUGUGACAAUAUCUACCAGACUCAAGGUGUACGUUGCAUUUCUCACUCGACCGUAAAUUGUAAAUGUUAAGCGGGAAUUGUUUACUCUCUUCCAGAAUCUCCUAAUUUAGUUCCAAGAGAGAGAGAAGGAGAGGGAAAGUAGAUAUUAGGAAGUGUACAACUGAUGGUCACAUUCUCUACAGUGCAUUUGUACAUCCAGUGAUAAUGUGUUAUGGUUCUUAGUUAUCAUCAAAAGUUACAGUGCAUGAUAGUACAAAACUGGUGACCCAAACUCCUGUGCUGUUCCCCUUAAAGAAAGAAUGCUAUGUGAAAAACCCAAGCAAGGCAUCAUCACUGAGAGGUCAUUGGUACAACCUGUCAGUAUUCGGAUGAGUGAGUUUGUACGGCAACCUCAUCUCAGUGCCAAGUAGACAGAAGUAAUUGUGUGUGCUUGUGAGUGUGAGUGGGAAUAUAAACAGGUUGCUUUACAGGACAAACACUGGCAACAACACAAUGGCUUAUGUUCUUAAAUACCUUGAGAUUUCACUACAGUUUUCAGAGAUCAGGGAAGCAAUCAGUUGGAUUCUUGUGAUGUUUUCCUUACUCUCAUGUCGCAAAAUCGUAGAACAAUGGAAUCAUGACUGAAAACACUGGAAAAAUCAUCAUUAUCUCUCAGUACAGCAUGUUAAAGACAUCUAAUAUAAGACAGCAAAGCAUUUGAGAAGAAUUAACUCUGGGCAUUGUUGUUAAGCAGUAGGAGUGUUUCAUCAGACAGACUUACCCUAAAACUAAAUUCCACUCAUCUCCACUGUCUGUGUCUGUUGGUAUGGAGAGAAAUGUGUCUUGUAUAUGCCACCAUUCUUAGCUACACUGACUUUACUGUUUAUCAUGUUGAGGAUGCAUGGGAUUGACAGUUCUUUCCUUAUAUACCUGAGUCCUGUCAUGUGAACUCAACACAAGAUGGGAAGUGGAGUUUCAAUUUCUUACACUCAUUGAUAGAGGAGUUGCAGUGAUGUCAGGAGGGGAUGGAAGCUUCACACAAGGAAUAAGAAAAGAAGGAAGACAGUACAAUGAAGCAAGUAUCCUUGGUGUUUAGAAUUGGGCAAGAUUUGUUUGGGAAUCACAGUGCGAACUAUGGAAUCUGUGUCUUUCAGUGUGUCUGUGUGUGUGUGUGCGUGUGUGCGUGUAUGAGAGAGAGAGAGAGAGAGAGAGAGAAAAGACAAUUGUAUGUUGUACCUUCAAGAGAGGAAGGAAAUGAAGUGGCAGAGCACAGACUGGUGAACAAAAGGAGACAGGGUACCCAGUCUUGUCUUAAAGAAACCAUGGUGAAAUUCAGGACACCACACUACGAGAGGUGACAGAAGCAGAACAAACAUUGAACAAACACAAACGCCUAUUACUACUACUGUAUAUGUGUCUCUCAUGUUUUUAUAUGCAUACACAAAUCCAUAAACAUACAUACCACAUAUACAUAUACCAAGUUUUUCAUAACAUCACUUAACAAGGAAAAAGAAAAAGAGAAAAGACAAAAGUAAAUAAAAAAAAAUCCCUGAAUGAGUAAUAACUUUGUACAUUAGGAAUUCUAUUUUUGUUACUUAGCAUAACUCUCCCUCAUCUAGAGCAGGGUAAUAUUAGUACAAAGGCUGAACAUUGGAGAGGCUGCCUAACGCUCUCAGGCUGAAAUGUGUCCCUCACCUUAGCAGUUACUUCAAUCCAGUAUCCUUCACACCACAACACUUAUAUCGACAACCCAAGAAGGAUGAGGGCAAAUGUUUAUUCACAGCCCGUAUUUUGAAACACUUUGCUCUCUCACCAUGACGGUUUCAUGAGGCUACAUGGAUGGUUUGUCAGCUUCUCAAGGGUGCUUGUUUUUACCUAACUUUUGAUGCAGAACCAUUGUUACACACUCUGUCUCUGGAAGCACGAAAACACCCUUGAGAAUUUUGAUGACUUCCACGAGAGCCUGUUGAGAGUUGUCAGGAUAUGGAUCAGGAAUGUUUGAGAAUGCGGCCUCAUGAGCGAUGGUUACCUUGUGUGUUUUUUUAUUUAUUGUUAUGAUUAUUAUUCGCCAAGACUAUUUCUCCAAUGUAUUUACUUUUUCAUUCCUUUUUUUAUUAUUAGCAUUUUUUCAUGGUUACAAAGUUUUGUGCUUUUGUGUGUUGUUUCUUUGAAUAACUCUGCUGUGAUAAAAAUACAAAGUAACAGAUAGACAGACAGACAGACAGAUAGGCAGACAGGCAGUGCUAGCCAGGUAAUAAAAUACAUACUGUAGUGUCACUAGGAACAAACUUGAGGAGGGAGGAUUACUGUGUGUGUUCUUCCCUUCUGCUUGUCUGUCCUUAACCUUCCCCACCCCAGUCUUGUUGUGUUUUUGUACAGUGUAUUGUCUAAACUAGGCUGUUGUUACUUUUAUUGUAGCUUUUUUUUUUUUUUUUUCAGACCUUUUGUAGCCUGGAGGAGUUUGUUUAUAAUAAUAAUAUGCUAGAUACAUUUUGUCGAGUGCCCGGUUGAGUGUGGCAGAGGCCAGGAAAUGUGUUCAGCUGGUAUUGGAGAGUUUCCUUCCCUGCCUUUCCUACGUAGUGUGUUCCUUUGAUGUGUCUUGGUUACACCUGUGCCAAGUCAACUCACAUUGGCCUGUGUUCCUAAACACUGUUCUUUCACUGGAAUACUUAGCUGGAUUCUUACGUGUGUUUUUUCUCAUUUAAUAAUACAAUAAGACUCGACUAGAAUCUUUUAAACACCCGAGAAAACUCCAGUCAUUUCCCUGUGAGCCUCUUAAAGGUAGUCAAAACAAAAUGUCAAAAUAUUUACAAAUUAUUUGUUGCUUUUUUUUCCCCCACUUGAUGUUAUAUAAGAGUUGUUGAAAUAUUACUUAGUCUUUAAAAUAUCUCAGAAAACCCCAGUCACUUCCAGUAUGGCCUCUUAAAGGUAGUUGAGAUGAGAUGUCAAACUGUUUAGGAGUGCAGACGUAAGAAGGAAAGCAAGGGAAGGAAACUGUAACUGUAUAAUGCCAGCUUAACCAAAUGUGCUCUUGCAGCAUCAUCAUCACCACCAUCACCACCAUCAUCACCAUCAUCAUAACAAGCUCACUACUUUCUGUCCCUUUACAAUGCUUUCACAAAAUUUUUCCCUAGUCAAAUAUUUAUAUCACAAUAACUUUGUGCAUUUUUCACCAAAUUUAUCUUCAUUUUAGUAUUUAUUGCCAAGACUAUUAUUUUUUUUCUCUUUUCACCAAAUUGUUUUUUUUUUUAUCACCAAAUGUUUUUUUUUUACCAAGACCUUUAUCAACUUUUUUUUUUUUUUUCCUUCCACAUUUUCAAAUCUCUACUGACUUAUUUAAAGUUACAUUUAAUGCUCUUCAAUUCAAGGUGAUGUUGAAUGUUCCAAACAAAUAUGUCUCAUUUUUUUCAUGCCAACAAAGGUAUGAGAGAAGGUUUUAUCUGUUUUUUGGUAUGGAGUAAUGAAGUUUCUACAAUACCAGUGAUUGUCAUGGUGAAAGAAAUAAAGAUGCUUUCAUAACCUUAAGCCAAAACAGUAUGAAAAGAGUAUAUAUGUAUACUGUAAUGUAACUACAUGAUAAUAAGUACUCACACUCUUUUGUUCAUUGUAUGUAAAUAACAUUCAUGAGGAUGGAAUGAGAAAAUAUGAAUCAUACAUUGUAAAUAAUGGACAGCCAUUGAUAAAGUAUAUAUUCAGCUAC